GAUACUAGUCGUUAGCUCACAACGAGGAUUGACACCUGAUCACCUCGGGUCAGUUGGUCACUCAAGCCUAUGCGUACCUGAGUCAUAACCUGCAAUCAAUCAGAAGAGAUCAAAAGUCAAACUUACGGACAGGAAGUGUGGGAAUGCAGACGGAAAUAUGGUGCAUCGGUCGAUAACAUAUGGACAUCCGGUGAAUCUUCCUGAAGAUAUCGAAAUACACGUCUCCCGCGUCGGGCGAGAGACGUUAACGGAACGGCUAUUCUCCCGACAUCCUGGUUUGCAGAGGGUAGGUCCUUGUGUGCGGAGGGUUAACACUCCAGACCUUUCGAGGCAUUUUGGACUAGUCAGUUGGGUACUGACGUUAAGCUUGUUGUGUGUCAGUUUCCUUACAUUCUUUACUCACCUGGCUGAAUUUGCGUCCGUACAAUGCCAAGAUUCUGACCGGACGAAAAAAUUCAGGGGCCUACGUCCUACUUACCCGGUGUAGUACGGAUUACCAUUCUCAAAGUCACGUAACUG